AUGGUUAACGUAGCGUUUGUUCUUCUGGCUGCCACUGCCACUGCCUCUCCCACCUCACUCUGGAUCCGAGACACACCAAAGUGGGAAGACGUCAAGUGCACCGAUACCAACAUCACAGACGCCAAAGUCGCAUCCAAUAUCCGCUGGCAAGCUGCCGACGCCAACACAUCUUGGGACGCGGCCGUCGCUGCGUGGCAUAAUUAUACACCUGGAGAUGGCCAAGUUCAACUCAAGUUCCCGGCCUUCAUCAGCGACUUCUACGGCGGCCCUGAAGGAUGGGAUUGCCAAGAUCCCGUCAAUACCCCUUGUUCAACGACGGUUCAGUGCGCUGCCACCAAAACACCGGCAGGUCUGUUUCAAAGUCUACCGCUGACCGGUCACAAGAUCUUCCAAAAAUAUCAUGAAGCGCUGCAAGAUGCCCAGCUCAGUCUCGCUGCCGUAAUUGGAGACUUCACCGGAGCCUUUGCCCCUCAGUUGAAGGCUCAGGAUGAUUCAACCUUAGUCAAGAUUGUGCUUGAUGUGUUGCAAUUUGGUAUUGGUUUGUCGUCUGCAGGACUUUGGAACAUUGUUCUCCAUGACGCCGCCAUUUUCGCUACCAGCGCCUACAGAAGUUUCGCCAAGGAUACCUUCAACAGCGCCAUUAGUUCUUCAUUCGCCCUAGCCAAGGAUAACACCAAGGCCGCGAAAGACUCUGCUAGCGUCCAGAACGAUCUGAUGUCCGCCAUGGGUACUCUAUUUGAUGUAUGGAAAAAGACUCAGAAUGAUUACUUGUCAGAAGUCUUCUCUGGGUCAAACAGCACCACGAACAACAUGCUUUCGGGGCUGAUCCGCGAGGGUAUGAUGAACAUGGUCCCUGACGACAUUAACCUCUCCGAAAUGAAGGAUAACGUUCAGAAGAUCUUGCUUGGACAAAUGAUUCCCAUUGCCUGGUCUGUAGCGCCGGCUGGGUUCCAACCUUUUGUGCUCAAGACGGGAGAUGCAUGCUCAGACACCAUGCCCAAGACACUGGACCCAUACAUGGACGAAGAUACGCACAAGAAGUCGGGUGUCUGCUGGAACGGAAACCAAUUCUACGUUCUCACCAUUGGAACGUACCGUGUCGACGUCCAGGCCGACACCCCCGGCCUUCCCAACUCAGACCCGCCCUUCCAGCAGCUUGCGGGUGGCACACACGACAUUUUGGAUGGAAAGAGUUGGGGUGGCAUCACGCUGGACGACAUCGUGAUCAGCUCCUACAGCGGCUAUCUGGCCAACGGCAACCGCAACGGCUACAACAUGUCCUUGGAUACCAGCAGCGGACCUGUGGACGAGCUCAUGCUUUCGGGUGGUGUGCGGACCCCUGGGUUCUUCUCGCUUCCUGUCUGCACGAGCAUUUGGAACACCCUGAUGAAUGUUGCUGGGAGCAUAGAGGGCAAGAACUAUUACCCAUGCGGCGUUGUUGUUGAGAAGACGUAUCCUCAGUAA